AUGGUUUGCUCCGGCGUUCAUGAUACCGUCAGCCUGCCCAGCAGAUUUACAAGGCCGCAGCCCACCUUUCAAGAGAGCUGUGAUGCAAUCAAUGCAUGCCGGAGGAGUGCACAAUGGCAAGGAGCUGUUGCUUGGUUGAAGUGGCAGGGUCAGCAAGAAAGGCUGCGACCCAACAUCAUUGUGCACAGUGCUGUGGUCAGUGCCUGUGAGAAGUGCCGGAAGUGGUGCCAAGGUGUCCAAUUGAUGGCAGAUGUCCCCAAGAUGUCGUUGCAGUGUGAUCGGGUGAUCCAAAACAGUGUUAUGAGUGCCUGUCAGAGAGGUGAGUGCUGGCCAGCGGCGCUUUUGACCCUAGAGGCCUUGGGCGCUGCAGCCAAUGUGGUGUCCUGUAGCACGGCCAUGAGUGCCUGGCUGCAAAGUUCUCACUGGCGCUCUGCAGUGGGCCUGCUGAAGUAUCCGAACGCGGUGAUGUAUGGAGUGGCACUGAGCGCCUGUGAGGCAGGUGGACGAUGGCAGCGGAGCCUGGGCCUCUUGGAGCAACUGCAACAGGAAGACGUGCAAGCCAAUUCGAUCAUCUACAACACGGCAAUCAGCUGCUGUCAGGCUGCAAUUGAUGGAUGGCAGAGGGCCGCUUCUCUUCUGGUGACCGACAGCGAAGCUUUUCCUGAUGAGAUCAGCUUCAAUGCAGCCAUCAGUGCUUGUGAAAAAGCUGGGGAAUGGCAGUGGGCCUUGGAGCUCCUUUCAGUGGCCAAGUCUUUGCGGCUGGCCUCACUGGUGGGCUACAGCGCUGUUGCAAGUGCGACAGAGAAGGGCCAGCAGUGGGUGCAGGCCCUCCAGCUUUUGGAAGAAGCGACGGCAGCGCAAUUGCAGCUGGACGUGAUCUUUUUCAGCGCAGUUCUGAGUGCGUGUGAAAAAUGUGAGGAGUGGCAGCGUGCCUUGUUGAUCUUUGAAGACAUCCAUGGAAACUUGAAACUGGACCUUGUCGCCUACAAUGCAACCAUCAGUGCCUGUGAGAAAGGCAGUCGGUGGCAAGAAGCACUUAGCUUGUUGCAGACCCUUUUCCUGGAGCGCUUGGAAGCCGACAUCGUCUCCUACUGCGCAACUAUCUCGGCCUGCCGUGGUGCUCCGUGGCCCUACGCCAUGGAGCUGUUGACCGCAGCCCCACAGGCUGGAGCCUUCAAUGCUGCUGCCAGUGCUUGCGAAAAGGGAAGUCAAUGGGUACUGGCGGUGCACCUCUUUGAUCAAUGUCAUGAUGGCCUCAUUAGUUACAACAUUGCCAUGAGUGCCUGGCAUAGGGGCGAGCAUUGGCAGGAGGCCUUAGCCUUACUAGCGGAACUGCGAGCAUUAAAUCUGGCAUUGAAUGUCAUCACUUACAGUGUUGCGAUUGGUGCAUGCCAUGUGGCUGGACGCUGGCAAUGGUCCUUAAACUUUUUGCGGGAGCUUUGCAACAAUGGCCAUGUUGCAAACUUGAUCACCUACAAUGCAGUGAUGUGCGCUUGUGAUGACCGGGGCAAGUGGCAGUUUGCAAUCUCUUUGUAUGAGAAGAGCCAGCAGCAGGACACUGUCACCAAGAGCAUCGCCGUGAAAGCUUAUGCCACAGGUGGCAGGCGUUUGGAAACGGCCGCAAUGCUUUCAGAGCUCAGUGAGCAAGGCUUGCAAGCAUCCUGGAGAACUCGCUUCAAAGGCCGGUCAGUGUCAAUGCUGAAAAGAAUCCGCCAAGCGAUGUAA